AGCUGCAGCCAGGCAAAAAGUGAGCUGCAAACGCGCGAUUGGUGCUCUCAGCUGACUGCGGAUUGCUUCAAUCGACCACUGCGUUCUUGUUGCUGCAUUACUACGAUUUUUAGCUAGCAAAAAUGCAGCUCCUCGCCAUCGCAGCCACGGCAUGUGCAGCAAGCGCUCUGAAACCGAUGCACCGCCGCGCAUGGAUGCUAGGCGCGCCCGCGGCCCUCGCCCUGCCGACGCCGACGCAUGCCCAAGAGAUGACCAAAACCGCCUCCGGUUUAGAGUACUACGACGUCAAGGUUGGCCAGGGCGACGGCCCGGCAAAAAUAGAUAACACCGUCACGAUCGACUACAUCGCGUGGCUCAACGACUUCGAGGGCAAGGAGUUCUCGCGCUUCGAGAAGCCUAUCAAAGUCAAACUCGGCGAAAAAAAAGUAGCGCCGGGAUUGGAGGAGUGCCUCCUGGCCGACAUGAACAUCGGCGGCACGCGGCGGUGCAAGCUCCCGGCGAAGCUCGCUUAUGGUAGCACAGGCUACCCCAAGUCCGGCGAAAAAGCAGGAUCCAUCAUCCCGCCGAACGCGGACGUCUAUUUUCAAGUGAGGCUGCGCUCGGUCGUGCUGUCGAAGGGGCUGGGCUUCGGGCUUAACGUCAUUUAACACACUA